AUAAGUUGUUGGCCCCAGAGAGCAUAAGGAGGCUUCCAUGCUGCAUUCUAUUGUGUGCCAUGACGCUAACAGUUGUUGACAUAGCAACAUGCAGGGCAAAUUUUGAGGCACUGAGCACACAAGAAAAGGGUCAAUGGAUCUUAAAUUGGUUUCAGAGCCAUUCAUCGUUUUCAGAGGAUGGACACUUUGACACCAAAUUUCUUGUUGGAAGCGUAACAGUUUGUUUAACCUCGUGGUUAGCCGUGCUGGGAAUCAGUAAAAGCACGUUUUAUAACAUCAGAAAAAAGUUUCAAAGAGGCGUUAUUGAAGUGGGCAGCUCUGGUCCAUUGAAGGGGAAAAUGAGCUGUGAGUCUCUCUGUGCAGUGGCCUGGUUGCGAGAGUUCUCAGCAAAUUAUGCGGAGAAACUUCCUAACGAAAUUAAAUUAAAUCUCCCCCCAUGCCUGACAAAAAAGUACGUUUAUGAACUUUACCUAGAACAAGCAUCAAACCCAGUAUCUAAGUCCCACUUCUAUAAGUUGUGGAAAAGGGAAUUGCCAUUUGUAACAAUACCAAAGCGGAGUCGUUUCUCAAAGUGCGACAAAUGCACAUUGAUAAAAGAACACCUAUCAACAUGUAGGGACAAAAGUCAGAGGGAGAAACUAAUUAAAAUGCGGGAAAAACAUUUGAGGCAACAAAAUGAGGAAAGAAAAAAGUAUUAUAAGCAUAUAUCAAAGGCAAAGAACAACCCAGAAAAAUACCUUUCGAUCAUUGUUGAUGCGAUGGACCAGAAUAAAACCUAUCUGCCACACUUCCUAUAUAAUGGGAAAUACUUGUCAAACAUGUGGAAAUUGCGACUAAACCUUAUGGGAGUGAUUAUUCAUGGGAUAGGCAUAUAUGGUUUUUUUGAUUUCUUCCAAUGGUCACAUGGCAGCAACCUUACAAUAUCCAUCCUGAUACAUUGUCUGCUUAUGUUAGAAACACUUCCAGACACUUUAUACUUACAGAUGGAUAAUUGUCCGGGACAAAAUAAGAAUCGAUUUAUACUGGGAUUCCUAUGUUGGCUGGUAGAGAUUGGCAUAUUCAAAAAAAUAAAGAUUUCUUUCCUUAUGGUGGGACAUACCCACGAGGAUAUCGACCAGGUAUUCUCCAGAUUUUCCAGCCUUCUUUCAAGGCGGAGUGUUUUGACUCUACCAAAACUAAUGACAUCUUUUGAAAAGUGUUACACUCCAACUCCAACGGGAAUAAGAACUGACAAAGUCUUCAAUGUGUCGGAAGCUUUAAACCUUGAAAACAUUUCAGGCCAUUCAAAACCUCACGUCUUUAAAAUAAUAAAGGAAAACUCCAAAGCCACUAUUUACUGGAAAAAAUGGUCAACCGAUCCGAUUUGGCAAAAAUGUGACGGAAACCUACUAAAAGACCCAAAUUUGACUUUUCAAACAAUCCGGCCAUCUCUAGAAGACUUAGAUUUUGAAAAAUUAGAAAAAGAUGUAAGGGGGUCAUUUUCAUACUUUAAGAAAGAGGAAGAUAAGCAGUGGUGGGAAGCCUUUUUUGCCGAAGACACUGCCGAUUACGAAUCAGAAGAUGAAGAAAUCUUCCCAAGAUUAUGGGUUAAAAAAAGAAAAGAGCCACUGGCCAAUAAUGAAGAAGAAGAUUUGGACAUUUCAGAUACAGAGGACGCCAUUCCCCCAGUUAUUAUUGGCAAAAGAAAAAGCAUAAAAGAUAAUAACAGCAUUUUGCCAGGUAGUAUGGCCCUAAUGGAUGUUCCAAAAUACGCGGGGGAAUGGCCUCAGAUUGGGAAAGUUGUUUCUGUAGAUGGUACAUGUAAUACCUUUAAUAUUCACUGGUAUGCAGGUAGUAAAUCAUCAUCAUGGAAGGCGUGUCGGAGGGCAGUGCAGGGAGGAAAGGGAAGGAGGGAGGAUUGGGUGGAGAGUGUUUCCAUCAAUUAUUUCAUUAUGUCAUUUUCUCUCACUCCAUCUGGGAACAUUCCAAGAAAUGUCAAGGAAGUGAUAGAUUCCUAUCACGACUAG